AUGCAUUUCUCAUACGCCUCAGCCUUCCUGGCUCUCUCUUCCGUCAGCGUUACCUACGCUGCCCCCUUCGAGGCCGCUAAGCGCCAGGACUACAGUGUCGUCAAUGUCGAUGGGGAAUCUACCACUGCUCCCACUGUUGAGACCGUGACUCAGACUAUCAGCUCUAUUGUCACCGAGCCUGGAUCUGUUUCUACCAUUGGGCCGCAGACCAUCACAGUGACUGCCACUCCCUCCAGUGUACCAUACUCUUCUGGAGCCUCUAGCUCAACCCCCGUCUGGCACUUCCCUCCUCCCCCCAGGAGAGUCUUUCUUCCCUCCUCAGAAUGGCUUCAUUCGCCGUGCUCAUCCGCUGCCGCUGUCACCACCGCCACUCCUUCCAGCAGUGUCUCUCUGAUUGCUCGCCGCUGGGGCUGGAGCUCGGUAUCCACCCCUGCCUACUCUGCUACCUCUACUGUCACUCCUACUGCAUCGGCUUCUCUGUAUGCUCGCGGUGUGUCUUCUAGCGCCCCAGCCUCUUCCACUAGAUAUGCUGUGCGCCGUGCCUACGGCACUCCUGCUUCCAGCAUCACCGGCUCUGCUACUCCCGCUUCUAGCUGGAGUGUCACUCCCACUUUUGCACCUCUUCACUAA